AUGGCGUCCGUUGGGUUCGUCCUCUCGUCUCGGGUUCUCCCUGCUGAUGCCGUCCGCUUCACCGCCACGAGCAGUGCCGCGCUAGGAGGCCGGCACAUUUAUAGCGCGAGAGGAUGGCCCCCACGCUCAUGGCGCGUGGUGCUGCGCACAGUACGAGCGGUGCAGAACGACGGCAGCCAGGGGGGACCUCGCCGGCUUGUUGACAUCGUCCGACUGGUGCCGGAGAUCUCGAGGAACUACUUCAAGAGCCCAUCACGGCGCGCACUGUUCGGGGGCAUCUCGCUGUUGGGCGGCUUCUACGUCGCUCAGACCAUCUCCCUCUCGUUCGGCGCGCUCGGCGUGAACGACGUGAUCGCUGCUGUGGUGUGCGUGCUGGUCACUGAGUACGUGACCCGCUUCUACUACAGCCGCCCCAAGGUGACCUUCCCCCUUGCCCUCUUAAACAACUUCAAGAUGGGCUUCACCUACGGGCUCUUCAUCGACGCCUUCAAGCUUGCCAGCUGA